AUGGCAUCUUCGCAUAAUGUCGAGUUGGAGGCAGCAAAGUUUCUCCACAAGCUCAUUCAAGAUUCUAAAGAUGAGCCUGCCAAACUUGCCACAAAGCUUUAUGUGAUAUUACAACACAUGAAGUCAAGUGGGAAGGAACAUUCCAUGCCAUAUCAAGUGAUAUCAAGGGCCAUGGAGACUGUUAUUAAUCAACAUGGUCUUGAUAUUGAAGCUUUGAAGUCAUCACGCCUUCCUUUGUCUGGUGGAGCUCAAACAGGGUCUUCUCAGGCUGUUGGAGUUUCAAAAGAUUCCAAAACAGGUUUGGCCGAAAAUGAGAUGUCUAAUAUGGACCCGUUUUCUACAAGCAGACCACCUGUUGGCCCUAGCAGUACAGGGCAUGAUUAUUAUCAAGGAUCUACUACUCAUCGGAGUAGUCAGUCUUUUGAUCAUGAAAGUCCAUCUAGCUUGGACUCUAGGUCUGCCAAUUCACAGUCACAAGAAAGGCGUGAUACAGCAAACUGGGACAAACAGGUGAAUCGAAAGGAUGGUAAAAAAGCCACCACUAAGAGGAAGAGGGGAGAUACAUCCAUACCUACAGAACCACAUCUUGAUAACCCCCAACAUCUUGAUACUCGAAAUGCUAUAGUUAAUACGAGGAAGGGAAAGAUAAACAAGGUUGAACCAUCGGCUGGUUUCCCAAUUAAAGGUGGUGAAAAUGCUAAUUUUAAUAUUGCUCCAAGUAGUGGUCAAAUGGAACAUUUUACAUCUUUCUCUGGAAGCAUGAGACCACUGCUUAGAGCCAAGCAAGAAGGUCAAAAUUUGAUAGAAAAGCAGUUGGAUUUGACAAACACUAGCAAUUCGAUGUCUCGGGCCCUGAAUGCAAAACACCCUGAAGAAAUGGAAGUUUCUUCUACUCAUAAUGCUUUAGCACAGCAGCAAGCUGCUCCUGUACCUCUUACACAUGACACUAUGGGUGUGUGGAAUCAAAGUAAAGCUGGGUUUCCAUUUGAUAAGUCUCAAGUUCCCAGGUUUUCUUCUAAUGUUGUUGUCCCAAGUAAUAUGACAGCAGAAAUUCAAAUGCAGCAGUCAACAUCUCCAUCACCUGGAUCAAGUUCUUUUGGCAAGAUUCAAGGAGGCGUUCCAGUUACAUCUAGUUCAUAUCAAGUGGCAGAACCAGGAUUCUCAAGUCCAAUGCAAUACAGUGGGACGAUGCCUUCAACUGGAAAGGUCUCUGAGCAUGAUGGAGGAAAUACUAAUAUAUUAGCCGAUGCAAAUAAGAUAUUUCAGGCUGGAAGGCAAAAUAGUGCAUUAGAAAUGAGUAUGCUGAGAAGUGCAGCUGUGAGAGAUACUGGUAAAACUCCAGUCCACCUGGCUCCUGGCUCUCCUGGCAUGCCUUUCAAGGAACAGCAGUUGAAACAGCUCAGAGCACAGUGCCUUGUCUUUUUAGCAUUUAGUACGGAAGGGCCUCGAACAGAGUUCAUUGACCAUAAAGGAAAAACACAAUUUUCAAAUGAGCCAAACAGCAUUUCUGAUUCCACUACACCAUAUGGAAGACUUAACAAUGAGAGGGAAACUGAUAAAAUGCUUCCCGACCUGGAGGCCACAGCCUCACCAGCAUGUUUAACCAUGACAUCACAGCAGCCUGAAUCUUCAGGUGCAAGGAGUGGUUUACCUGUUAGUAAUCCUGUGGAAAAUAUGGAAAAUGGACAUUUGCAAGUUGGAAGGGCUAACCAAACUUCUUCCCUAAUGGGUAUGAAUAAGCAGAAUUCCGAGAUAAUCAGCUGGACUGGAGUUGGCAAUCAGAAUGAAGUUUCCAGGGGGCUGUUACCAGCCUCUGCUGGUCAGCCAGAGUUGGUGUCUGAAAGAAACAAUAAUGCACCUGGUCAGUUCCCAAAUCUUGGUAGCAGCAGUGCUCUGGGUAGUCAACAUACUGAUAAUCACCCGACUUCUUUUUCAUUCGGUGAUCGUUGGAAACCAAUUUCUGGAAUUGGCAAUGAUCAUCACUCAGCAAGUGCAUCAAAGGACACUCACAUGAUGCCAAAACAUGUUUCUCAUGGACAAGUAAGGGAAGAUAACCAUACUGAUUUGCCACCUCACCAAAAUACACUAUGUCAGAGAAGUGGAUUAUGGCUAAGCAGAAAAAGAAGCUUCUGGUGA